AUGAGCAAGCGCGAUCUCGCGCUGGGACUCGAGGGAGAGAACGCGCGCGAACGCGGCGUGGGCGAGAACAAGGCGUUGACGAGCAAGAGACGGGGACCGUACGGUGGAGCGAUCGCGCGCACGUCGUGCGCGACGUGCCGACGGGGGCUGCACACGGGUGGAAAGUAUUGUAACGGGUGCGCGUACGCGCGAGGGGUGUGUUCGCAGUGUGGGGUGAAGAUCAUGGAUGUGAGCGCGUACGCGGGACACGAGACGGCGGAGGACGACGAGUCGGGGAAACGAAGGGGAAGAGAAGCGAGCGCGAGCGUGCAAGAUCGUCGGGACCUGAACACGGAUGAUUUGGAGAAGGAGAAGGCGGUUGGGCGUGAACUGGACGAAGAAUCGAAGAAGAAGAAGAAGAAGGGGGAGAGAACGGAAGAGGAAGGGAAGGAGACGAAAGAAACGCCGAGCGCCGUGGCGCCGACGCCGUUGGCGGGACCGACGAGCGCGGCGGACGCGGCGAGGGAAAUGGGCCAGGCCGCGAACGGUGGUCCAGUGAGUGGAUGGCGCUUGGACAGCGCGAGCGGGUACUACUAUGACGUCGCCGCGCAGGUGUAUUACGAUCCAAAGACGGGCGGCUAUUUUGAUUGCAAGACGCAACAGUGGACGAUGCCGGAGAAGAAGACGCAGGCGGAGUUAGAGAAGGGUGUGCGAACAGGUUCGUUCAAGGAUGGCACGCGUAAACCAGAUAGGUUCGGGUUGUAA